AUCCUUGCCUGUAGUUAGAGCAGUUGUCACGGGAGCGAAUGCAGAGUUAGAAUCCCCGUGUAAAACAUCAAAAUGAAGCUGACUACGGUGACAGGCCUCUGCCUGUUGUUUGCCUGGGCACCACCGGUUUCUGCUGUGGUGGCCCCGACAGUUCAAAGCGGAAUGACCGUAUCUGUGUUGCGAGUCGGAUCAGCUGACGGCCAGCCUUCCCAGAUCAUCGUUGGAUCUGAAGAGACGUACUAUGCAAUUGGCAUGGAUUCUUCUGGACGUUUCGUUGUAGAAAGUAGUAGAUCUCCUCUUCUGGAGGUCGAUUCGGAAGAUAACAUGACGGUGACUGCCACGAACUUCGCUGCCUCAUCUCUUGACUUGAGGGGCGACUUGCAUGUCAACGGGGUUAAGCAGUUUCGUAUCGCUGCGAGGGAGGAUCUCUCCUCAGGAGAAGCAACCGGCUGGGAUAACACUGCAUCCAGAGAUAUCGUAUCGAAAUGUGCUGGAAUAACCAUGCUGGGUGGCUUCGGAAAAUUUGCAAGGGGCGAAGUUACAAAGAAGUUCGGAAGACUGCCACCUCAUACUGAAUUGCGUGUCAAAGCUACUUUCCACUUUAUUGAUGCAUGGGCUGGAGAAACGGGUUUCAUGCGGCUGGACAUUGGCGAACAUGGACAGCUCACUCACGUUUGGGCAGAGCGCCAUUCGCAGGACAUGGAACAGGAGGCCGUAAAUGUCUGUGGAGGAGCUGUUGGAGAAGGGAAAUUUGCAGCACCGAUUGAUGUUGCUGUGUUGCACAGUCAAGAAUAUGUAACUGUAGGCUUGGGGAGCACGAUACAAGAAGAUGAUCCCUUCGAUCAAUCUUGGGGAGUGUCCGGGAUCGAGAUUUACAUUCGAUGAAAACGAACCUUUCAGCUGCACCUCAUAAGCAUACAAAAAAGCCCUGUCAGGCAGGACAAUCUCGUUAACUGCGGUAUUUGAACAUCAUGCCAUUGGCAUGUCUGGUACAUCACGUGAAUGCUUCUCUGGCUCCUCCUCCUCAACCAUCAUGCCUUCGGUGGUCAAGACAAGACCUGCAACCGACGUUGAAUGCUCAAUGGCAGAGAUGAUGACUUUUGCCGGAUCGAUAACACCUUGGCUGAUCAUAUCCCCGAAUUUGUUCGUCUUUGCAUUCCAUCCAAAGCCAAACGGUUUCCCUGACGUCAGAAUUGCUCGGACUACCUUGUUUCCAUUCACGCCUAUGAGAUAAAACAGUGACAAACAAAAUAUAAUCCAUUAGAAUCAAGUGCUUAGAUCUGA